UAUGGCUUCUUGCGCAGGCACAAGAUUUGGAAACACAACAAAAAUGUCAUUGAGUAUCAUCUUUCAGAUCCUUUUCUACUUGCAUUUGCUCCUAACAGCAGCCACAGUGAUCUUCAUCACUGUUUAUGGCCUGACCUCGGAAUCUGGCGGCCAACAUUUCCACCCUUUGAAGUGGUACCCUCCGGUUCUAGCUUCGACGGCAUGUGGCGGAGUAAUCGGUUUCCUGUGGCAAUGGAUCACUUUCAGCUACCCAAGAAACGCACUCAAGGCAGCAUUUUGGCUAGGUCCGUUGCUAACAUGUUUAAUGGCUGGGAUGUUUGUGUACAUGGGCACUGCAACUAGUCUUAUAGUGGGAUUAGUUUCUUUCUGUUCUGCAUUAGCUCAAUCCCUCUAUGGUUGUUGGGUCAGACCCAGAUUCGAAUACGCGACGAAUAUCUUGUCAGUUUCAACAGCUUUUCCACCUGCUAAAACCGGAGUGUCGGUACUCGCGACAAUUGUAAUUGGAACCCUUUAUUGCUGUUUUCUUGUAUCCGGGAUCGGUGGAGCUACAGCCCUUCAAGACAAAUUCAAAUUAGCUUUCAUUUUCAUCUUGGUGAUUAUGCUGAGCCUGGGAUGGACCAUGCAGUUUCUCAAGAAUGUAAUACAACUCACCAUUUCAAGGGUCACAUAUCUGCAGAUACUUGGAAACCCCAUGGAUACUUGUGCGGCGCUUCGUGACAGUAUCAAUCGUUCUGUUGGAUGUAUCGCCAUUGGCUCAAUCCUUAUCCCGGUCUUCACUAUCCUCCGCAGUUUUGGACGCUCCAUGAGUCUACUUGGAGGAGAAAAUGAGAUCAUGUUUUGCUGUGUUAGUUAUUGUAUGGGGAUGGUAAACGUUCUUCCGAAGUUUGGGAGCCGAUGGAGUUUUGUACAUAUUGGAGUCUAUAACAAAGAGUUUGUGGACGCAUCUCAAGAUACUUGGGAAAUCUUCACUGGAGCUAGAAUGUUGCCACUCAUAGACUCGGAUCUAACCGGAGCAUUAUGUUUCCUUAGCGGAGUAGCUGUAGGUGCAUUUUGUUCUAUGGUGAGUGGAAUUUGGAUCCUUGUGAUGCAUCAGAGCUAUGCCCUGGAAGUAUCCAUUUAUGCUUUCUUGAUUGGCUAUUUCAUGUGUCGAUUGGCAAUGGGGUGGCUACAGGCAUGUGUUGCGGCAUACUAUGUUGCCUACGGAGAGAAUCCAGUGAACGAUCAAUUCGACUCAACAAUUCCAGCACGCUUGGAGCAGAUUCAAAGAUCUCAGGCUCUGCAACCAUUCUGAACUAACAAUUUUUUUCAGCUGAACAUAUAUACUGAAGGAGAGUAAACCAACAUAGCUGCAAUAUCUCCAAGAUAAAAUGAUACUGACCACACAGUUGUAAGAACAAUU